AAACUGCUUGGGAUUUUUUUCACCGCAGCUGUAGCCAUGGGCACCGUUCUGUCCAUCUCUCCGUCCUCAGGGAAAGACUCAGGGCUGGACAAUGGGUCAGAAGUGGCUGAUAACAAUGGGAAAAUCCUAAAGAAACCGUCCAUCAUCGUGUCCACUUUUGCUUUUACACGGCUGGUCACCGCUUCGGCCAAGAAGAAAAGUGCCAAGAAAGUGAACCCCAAUUCUGCUGCUCAGCCUCAGAAUGAAAUUGUGAAGAAAUCGUCGGCGCAGCAGACCAAAACCGCACCUGUCGCUGUGCCCAUCCCGACGGUCCCUCCGUCUGAGAAACCCAACCCAGAUCCGGUCCAGACUAAGUGCGUCCAGAAGCAGCCCAGCAGCCACUCUCUGCUUUCUCCGACACGAGUGAUCGUCCAGGCUUCGACGGGGGAGCUGUUGCGCUGCCUGGGGGAGUUCAUGUGCCGCCGCUGCUUCAGACUGAAGCUCAGCCCAAACGAGGUCAUCCUGUGGUUCAGAAAUGUGGACAGGACUCUGCUGCAGCAAGGCUGGCAGGAGCAGGGCUUCAUCUCUCCGGCCACCCUGGUGUUCGUCUACCUGCUGUGCAAGGAAACAGUGACUGAGGACAUUCAGAGCCAGAAUGAGCUUCAGGGAGUGUUCCUCACCUGCUUGUACCUGGCCUACUCUUACCUGGGCAACGAGAUCUCCUACCCUCUGAAGCCCUUCAUCAGUGAGGGCAAUAAGGAUGUGUUCUGGGAGCAGUCUCUGGGCGUCAUCGACAAUCUGAGCGGCAAAAUGCUCCAGAUCAACAUGGAUCCGCACUUUUUCACCGAGGUCUUCCAGGACCUCAAAAACGAAGGCGAGACGAAGAAGGACGGGAGCGACGUGGACCGUUAAAACACAUGAAAGAACAACAAAAAAAAAAAACAAUGUGCAUGAGUUUUACUAAAAAGCAUUUACUUGAAUAGUGGAGUCUGCUUGAGAGCACAGCAGAUGCACUGGUUCCUCUAAAUGGCAUAGCAGGUUUUUUAAAUCCGUCACAUUAUCUGUAACAGUAUUAAAAUACCUCCUGUUGUACUGUGACAUGCAGUAGCAAAUGCACUGAAAAAAUGCAUUGAAAUUUUUGAUUCAAGUACACUAUAUGGCUAAAAGUAUGUGGACACCUAUAUAAUCUCACUGGACAUCCCAUUGCACAACCUUGGGCACUAAUAUCCAAUCGACAUUCCAAUACAUUCCAAAGGUGUU